UGUACACCUUAAACUAAUACAGUACUGUAUGUCAAUUAUAUCUCAAUAAAACUGAAAAGAAGAUUUUUAAGUAACUGUAAGAUAUUAUCCCUUUAGUGUUAAAAGUAACCAAAAAGGGGGGAAAAUGUCAUUAGGGCUCAAACUUUUCUCUUUUUAAGUAUGUAAAUAUUUCCUUGUUCUUUGGUUCAACUUCUCAAAAUAUGGUAGUUGAUCUGGAAUCUUAUGAGUUGACUUCCUCAUUUAAAAUCCGAAGACAACUGUUUACAGCAUUCUGUGGACUCUGUAGUCCAACUCCCAUGCUAAAAAAAAAAAGGACUGUACAGGGUCUUUCUUAUUAUGAUACAUUAAUUUUCAUUAAGGGAAAUUAGGUAAUGAUGUAUAGCUUUAAAUAGUGAGAUGCUAUUGUUCUGAUUUUAUAAUAUGUAAGGCCUAAGGUUUCAUUUUCUGGAGUUGGAGCACAGCACUGGUACCGCAGGCUGCUGUUAAGCGAUAUCAUCUAAUCUGGGAGUUUCUACCCUACGUUCCUCCAAGGGCUCCAUGGACAGAAGUCAGGAAGUGGGGGGUUAUUUUUAUUUUCACUGUCCUCCAGCUAAAAUGUAGCAUUUCCUUCAAUUAUGAAUGUAGGCAUCAAACCAGCGCAAUUGAAGCAACACCUGUGAUUCCGUCACCAAGAGAAAUCACAGACCUUUUUCACAUCAUACCGCAGUUUUUGUGUAUCCUAGAAUAUCACUCGUGCUCGUCAGUGCUUGAGAAGCUGGCAGUGCUGGCCCUAUCACUACUCCUCUUAAUUCAUAUGUUACCUAUAUUAUUAUAUCACAGUUCUUUAAUAUUUUGAUAAUUGUAUUUCAAAACAAUCAGCUUCCUUUAUAAUCCCAUCUAUUUUAUUUUAUGCACUUAAAAAUGUGAUUCUGAGAAGGGGUCCCUGGGUCCCCAGCACCAUUCUCAGAGCCUCUCAUAACUGCCAUCCCUCCUCCUCUUCCUCCAAGCAACUCACCAGCCAACCGCAGGAAAACCUGCAAUGUUGUUUCCUUUCUGUAAAGCCUGCCUCAAGGAUGCAGGGUUGCAGAGCAGAAAGGACAGAGAUUUUGAAAUCAGACAGACUGGGUGAACAAUGGGCCCCUCCCCUUUCUGGCUCUAUUGAUGUGAGCAAGUAAUUUAUUUAUUUUAGCCCUAAUGUUGUAAUCAGUAAAACGUGGCAAAUAGUACCUACCUCACAGGGUAGUUGUGAAGAUCAAAUAAGGUAACACUGUCUGGUAUGGUUCUGGCACGUCCUAAGCAUUCAGACAUCAUAGCUCUCAUUACUGCCGUCACUGCUGUCCUCAGCGACGUUGACUGUCAGGUUGUUUUUCCCUCCUCACGUCCAGCUUGGUGACUAUACCUGGAUUCCCUACCAUAUCCAGGACUCUGACAGCCUAGGAAAACCUGGGAGGCUUGCUUUUUGUAGUAAUACACAUCUCUGGAAUACCUUUGGCUCGUCCAGAGUAAAUUCUCUUUGCUUUAGUCUAUUUUUUUAAAAUUUUCACGAAGCAUCUUAAUGUCCUUGCCUAUAGUAUUUUCUUCUGAAUUGUGUUUUUGUGUUAGUUUCCUAGGGCUGCUGUAGCAAAUUACCGCAAACUGGGUAGCUCAAAACAUCAUAGAGGCCUGAAGUCUGACCUCAGGUGUGGGCAGGGCCGCGCUCCCUCGAAGGCCCAGCGGACAGUCCGUCUGGCAGCCUCCAGCUCUGGUGGGGUGGGCAAUCCUUGGGGCUCCUUGGCUUACAGACCCAUCACUCUGAUCUUUGCCUCUGUCCUCACAUGACUUUCUUCCUUUUGUCUUUGUGUCCACAGUUCCCUCUUCUGGGGACACCAGCCAUUGGAUUAGGGCCCAGUUCAGCCAGUAUCACUUCAUCUCAACUCGAUUACAUUCAAACACCAUAUUUCAAAAUAAGGUCACGUUCCCAGGCACUGGGGGUGAGGACUUCAGCGCAUCUUUUAGGGGGAGACAGUUCCACCCACGGCACUUGGGGUGGACCCCAGUUGACCCUACACACUUACUUUAAACCAGGCUUCUGAAUGGAUGUAUGUGACAUUGCGCUUUUUUCCUCAGGUUAAUUUUACUCUCACUGUGGUUUCAAAAAAUGUUUUGAAGUAUCUAACUGGAGGUGAUGAGAUCUGUCUUGGCUUUCUUACUUUUGAAAAAUAUAGAAAGGAAUCUUGGAAGAAAAAAUGUAGGACCCCAAAAUGGGAAGGUACUUUAUACUGAGAAGCAAGAGGUGAAAGGGCAGGCACUGCACUGACAAGAGUGUUUACAAAGUUUAUGACUUGGGUGUGAAGUGGCCACUCGGGCUUAGAGAGCCCUGGGUGCAUGCGAAGCUCAGGCUGCUGGAUCCUGGAUCGGGAGAAGAAGCUGGACCAGGCUGAGCUCCAGCGUGGCCACUCACACCCCUGAUGACAGUGUUUCAGAGGCCAGAGAAAGUUCCAGAGAGCAUGGACGUGGUCAGCUGCCUGUUCCUUCAGUGUGUCUGCGGGCCGCCACUGCCUGCAGCCGAGUCCAGGGUUGUUACUGAGGAAUCCUGGAGGCGGGGCUCAUCACAGGAGGAAGAAAGGACAGAGGCUCAGAGGAUCACCAGGAGGAGAUGGGGUUCUGGGAGAAGGUCAAGGCCUCGACCGCUCUCUGACUAUGGCCAGUUGGCCAGCCGAAGUUUGUCUAUUCCUGAAGACUCAGUUGCUGUAGACCCCCAGAAAGAGGACAUUGUGGACAGUGACCACCAGCCGAGCAUGGCCUCCACGGACCCUGCAGACCACAACCCUGCUGUGGGCGGCCCCAAGGGAAGCCGGAGAAGACGCCCCAUCUCUGUGAUAGGUGGGGUCAGCUUCUAUGGGAACAACCAGACAGAGGAAAUCGAGAAUCUUCUAGCCCAACCGGCAGCCAGGCCGCCCGUGCCAGCUCACCAGGUGCCCCCCUACAAAGCAGUUUCGGCACGAUUCCGGCCUUUCACGUUUUCCCAGAGCACCCCCAUUGGGCUGGACCGCGUGGGACGCCGGCGGCAGAUGAGAGCAUCCAACAUUUCUUCAGAUGGAGGUACUGAGUCCUCUGCCCUAGUGGAUGACAAUGGCAGUGAGGAGGACUACAGCUAUGAAGACCUGUGUCAGGCCAACCCCAGAUACCUGCAGCCAGGCGGGGAACAGCUGGCCAUCAAUGAGCUGAUCAGCGAUGGCAGCGUGGUCUGCGCAGAAGCCCUGUGGGACCACGUGACCAUGGACGACCAGGAACUGGGCUUCAAGGCAGGAGACGUGAUCCAGGUUCUAGAAGCCUCCAACAAGGACUGGUGGUGGGGCCGGAAUGAAGAUAAGGAAGCCUGGUUCCCCGCCAGCUUUGUCAGACUGCGCGUCAAUCAGGAGGAGCUGUCGGAGAACUCCAGCAGCUCCCAGGGCGAGGAGCCGGAGGAGGACGCUGGCAGGAGCCGCCACAAACACUCUGAGAGCAAGCACCAGAUGCGGACCAACGUCAUCCAGGAGAUCAUGAACACUGAGCGCGUGUACAUCAAGCACCUCAAGGACAUCUGCGAGGGGUAUAUUCGACAGUGUCGCAAGCACACGGGAAUGUUCACUGUUGCACAGCUAGCCACCAUUUUUGGAAACAUCGAAGAUAUUUACAAAUUCCAAAGAAAGUUUCUGAAAGACCUUGAGAAACAGUACAAUAAAGAGGAACCUCACUUAAGUGAAAUAGGAUCCUGUUUUCUUCAACAUCAAGAGGGCUUUGCGAUCUACUCCGAGUACUGUAACAACCACCCGGGCGCCUGCGCGGAGCUGUCCAGCCUGAUGAAGCAGGGCCGGUACCGACACUUCUUCGAGGCCUGCCGCCUGCUCCAGCAGAUGAUCGACAUCGCCAUUGACGGCUUCCUGCUCACGCCGGUGCAGAAGAUCUGUAAAUACCCUCUGCAGCUGGCCGAGCUGCUCAAGUACACCACGCAGGAGCACAGUGAUUACAACAACAUAAAGGCGGCGUACGAGGCCAUGAAGAACGUAGCCUGUUUGAUCAAUGAGCGCAAACGGAAGCUGGAGAGCAUAGACAAGAUAGCGCGGUGGCAGGUGUCCAUCGUGGGCUGGGAGGGACUGGACAUUUUAGACCGAAGUUCAGAAUUGAUCCAUUCUGGGGAGCUGACCAGAAUCACUAAGCAAGGCAAGAGCCAGCAGCGGACUUUCUUCCUGUUUGACCACCAGCUCGUGUCCUGCAAGAAGGACCUGCUGCGCAGGGACAUGCUCUAUUACAGAGGCCGCAUGGACAUGGAUGACAUGCAGCUCGUGGACCUGGAGGACGGGCGGGACAAGGACUGGAACCUCAACGUGAAAAACGCUUUCAAGCUCGUCAGCAAGACCACUGACGAGGUUCAUCUGUUUUGUGCCAAAAAACAAGAAGACAAGGCGAGGUGGCUGCAGGCCUGCAGGGAUGAAAGGAGGAGGGUGCAGGAGGACCGGGAGAUGGGCAUGGAAAUUUCAGAAAAUCAGAAGAAGCUCGCCAUGUUAAAUGCUCAGAAGGCAGGGCAUGGGAAGUCAAAAGCAGGCUACAGCGCGUGCCCCGCGGCGCCGCCGCCCCAGAGCCUGCACCCGGUGCACCAGCGCCACGUCACCGUGCCGGCCAGCGUGCCGCAGCAGCAGGUCUUCGCGCUGGCCGAGCCCCGGCGGAAGCCCUCGCUGUUCUGGCACACCUUCAACAAGCUCACGCCCUUCCGCAAGUGACGCGGGCGCGCUCCGCCGCGGGGGAGGGGGCCGCCUGGUUUCUUCUGCGCUAAAUCCAAGGGACGGACGGACCCGUGCUGAGCACUUCUUUGGGGAUCAGUGAAGAAGAGAAGGACUUGGAGUCGCCUUCAGUCUUCGGAGACCCAGCUACCUCCUUGGAAGGAGGGGAGGGCGUGACGCACGUGUCCGGCGCGCGGGGCCCCUGCGGCCGGUGGCGGCGCGGCAGACAUGCGCAGUAGCGUCAGGCUCGCCUGCACGCUGAGCCGAGCCGCGCUCAGGUCAGGAGGGAGGCCCCGAGGAGCGGGCUGUCCGCCUUGGACUUUGCAAGGAAUGAUCGGGGUGGGUUGGUACGAUCCUGCCUCGCGCCUGCGCCACGGCUGUCUGCUCCACAGUGUGAGGGGACAGUGCAGGUGGCCGCGGUGCUCCCUGGCGUCCUCGGAAUCUACACAGUUGCCGAGUUGUAGUGCAGAUUCCUCCCCGACAGCUGGAGGGAAGGCGGGCGAGCUGGGCGGGGCCGGCGAGGUCUGCACUGCGGAGCCACCCACCCGUGACCCACCCUAGGGAAGACGCUGGCGCUUUCAAGGGAGGGGGUGGGAGAGCCUACUGCGUGCGAGCUGGGCGUGUCCUUUUCGAGUCAGGAAGCCGCCUGCCCGUGUGCAGGGUGUAACUCCACGCGCAGAAAGCACGUCCUAACCAAGAAACGCUCUUCACACGUAUCUGUUUGCCGCAUAAAGACCCAUUUCCUUUAGUUUUAUGAUGAAGUGAGUGUGCAGGGGCACCAGCUGGGAGGCAUUCUGAAGGAGCAGCGCUGUGCCCGUUCUGCCGGCUGUUUCUGGCGUCCUCGCCAAUUAAGUUACAGUCACAUGGACGUUCCGCCGAGAAAGCAUGAGGUCCACAGCACUUCGGCCUCCUCGGGGUCUGAAGUGGCUGCGCUGCGUGAACCGCUGCGGUCGCACUGACUGUACUGUUGGUAGCACGUCAGCAGGUCUCGGAAGAUUCGUUCUGUAUAAGAGACCUUGACAAAAUGUGUCUAGACUCAGCAGUCUUUUUUCACCAGGGCCUCAUGGGCUGAUACCUGUCAAUAGUAAUCUCUUUGUCUUUGUCUAUAUUGUAAAUUUUGAUGAAAAUAACUUUUAAAUAUGUCCAGACAAGACAGACUCUGCAAGAGAGGUGCCGUUCUGGUUUGCUGAGUGCACUGCCUGGGGCUGCCGCAUGGCACCCUUGCUGGUUUUCUAUUGAGACACACUUUUGUAUGCUACUCUCGGAAAGUUCCUUUUUCUACUAGGCCCCUGCUUGAGAAUAGACAAACCUGGGCUGUGAUAGACACAGGUGUACUCUGAGUCUCCAAGUGUGCCGUUCCCCCACUCCCCCCACCCUCCACCGCACCCAGAGCUGUUGCUGAAGGAGGUGACGGCAUGCAUCAAGACGACACAGUCCCGCACGUCUUGGGCGGGCCUUAGAGUGCUGUGUGAAAACGCGUCAGGAAAUCUCAUCUGUUCGUGACCCUCCCCGGCCCCUGUGCUGGCCCGUAGGCCGUGUUGCUGGAAGGUUGUGUUGCCCUGUGGCUGACGACCCCGGAGCUGCUCUGUGGCCCUUCAUACCGAGUGCGCACGCAUGCACGUGUGUUUCGUUUUUGAAUAGACAUCUCAAUUUUAGUUGCAUUUAUGUAACUGACCUUUUUACUAACAAAAUAUGAUAUAUUUUAAAGACUAUACUUAAUAUCCUUUUUGUGGACCCCUAAGCAAUAACUGUAGGGGUCUUUGUGCUAAAUAGAGUUGUUUGUACAUACAGCAGUGUUGAACAGUUGAGUUGUUUUUUUUUUAAUGUAAGAGAAUUACUUUAAGGAAGUAAAGAGAAUUAUUUGCUCGUGUUACAUUUUCAGUGAGGAUUCAGUUCAAGUAAAGAUCCCCUCGGAGGGCUUCCGUUUACUGUUUACUAAUGGGCAGUGAAGAAAUGCUUUAAGUUCUCUGACCGGUGCUGCGUCAUUUCCCAGCUGAGCCCUAUCUUCUGGUUUCCCUCUCUCCCUCCGUGGGCUUCCUAACACAGGAGCAGGCAGCUGGGACCCCAGGGCGGCCCUGUCAGCUAUGUGCCAUGUGCGAGUCGUUUGAUCAAAUAUCUGGUCUGGGUGGGUCCUGCUUGGAUUUUCAGGUGAUUUUGAAAACUGCUAAAAUAUAUUUAAAGGAUGAAACAUCCUUUGACUUCUUGAAAUCGGUAUGUCUAGCUUGGGUUGUGUGACCAGCUACCCGAGUUCUAUAAAGAAUCAGUGGCUCAAGUGUUCUAAUUUGGGGUUUGCCAAACUUCCUUCUUGAUUUAAGUCACAUGGUCCACUUGGAAAGAGAAAAAACAAAGAACCUCCCAUAUGGAUUAUGUAUGAAUUUCGCUGAGAAUCUCACUGUCUCUGUCUUUCUCUUUUUUCUCUCUACACUGCAUAAUAUGGAUGGAGCAAACAAAAAGAGGUGGGGUAACAUUUUGAUGAAUUUCGCUUAUUCUAUCAUUCAUAUUUCAGAAUUUGCCAACUCUGUUGAAAGAAGUUGAAGUGGCCUCAGGUCAAAAGCAACCUUCUCAAUUUUGAUCAUACCUAAAAUGCAUAACAACCUUGCGGUAGAUUAUAAGCAAUCACAAAAUAGAACAUUUGUAAAAUCCUGGAGAAACAGCAUUCUUUCUCUUGGUCUUGCAAACUAGAACACGAGUGGCGGCAGUUGGCCAGAGCUCUCCUGGGAUACCAUCUGCUUAGUUUAUUUUCCGUAGAUGUGAUUUUGUAGUUGAAAACAUUUCACUUUCAUCCCCACACUAUUUCUGAAUAUCGUUGUGCCUUUUGUCCCUAAUCCAGACGAAGACUAACUCUGUGCCUGUGCAGAAAAUCCCCUCAAUCCUACAUUGCUGUUGUCUAGACACAAAGCAAAAGUGCAUUUAAUUCAAAAUCUGUUUCACAAUAGACAUCUUUUGUAAAAGCCAUGAUCCAGCAUUUCAUCAGCUCGAACUCUCUACAUGCCCGAAGUGCUGAAAUCCCCAGUAGGAGGCGCCUUAGUUCCCUCGCCGGAGUGGAACAGCCCCACUGCCUGGAGUCAUGGAGGAGGUAGCUGUAGUAUUAUUGUUUCAAGGAGAGGAGAAACAGAUGUGUCCCUCACGGGAUGGUGCCAACAGUAUGGAGAAACGUCCUUUCCGUGGCUGACCGGCCAGGGGUGCUGGACACAGAUCAUCAAGGCCAAACUGCUCAAAACCAGUUGUCCCUGUGAUAGGCUUAACCUGCAGGCGCUUCGCCCUGCUGAAAUGUCCCUGGGCUAGUGCUGCUGUUCUCAGGAUGGAGGCAAGGAAAGUGGGUUCCAAAAAACUGAAAAAAAUACGUGGAAACUAUCUGGUCUUGAAAAGAACCCGGAACCUUAAAUAUUUCAUAAAAAUAUACUUGGCUACAACACACUUAACAUUAUUGCCUUUAGUUUUACAGGCAUUGAAAUUGCAUUAAGAAAAUACUUUAACUGGUUCUGUAAUUUAAUAAUUUGCCUUUUUGGGUAAAUAUUAGCAUCAGUUGUGUUUGCCUUACCUACUUUGCAAGGCUUUUGGUAACCUUUUCCUUCAAUUUUAACUCAUCAAGAUGAUGCUAUCUGAAUUAGUGAAGUGACAGCUUCCAAGCUGACGAAUUAGCUGUUGACAGCUGAAGUGUGUUGUACAAGAUUGCUGUAACUUGAUAUGUAUUUUUGUUGAAUGAAGUUUUUGUAAAAAAAAAAUUAUUUACAAUGUUAUUUUAAUGAUUCCUUGUAAAUGCUGUGAAUCUAUAUUUGUUGUUUUGUAUCUGUAUAUUAAAAUUAAUUUGCCAAA